AUGCCGCUUUUCUGCUCCGGGUGUCAAUCGACGAGCCUUUCCGUGGUCAACUCCGUCUACGUGUGCAAUGUAUGCGGUCAACAAUCACAGCUGGUGGAGGUUGAGGAUGAGGCGUUUGAAAUGGUCACCUUCGCCCGCCGGCAACACCGCGGUGCGGGCGUUAGCGCAGCGACCCUGCAGGAGCAAAAAGCUAUGGACGAGGAGCGCCAUAGGGCUGAGGCAGCCGCAGCCGCUGCUGCUGCCGCGGCAGCUGCUGCGGCCGCCGCCGCGAAUAGCCGCGUCAUAGAGCUGGUGCCCUAUGACCAGCCGCCAGUUAUGGCCAGGUUCAAGUACACGGCCCAAGUGUACCUCAGGGCGCUCCAGUUGCUGGUGCAGGCGCAGGCAGAUGCGCUAGUGGAGCGAUUUGGCGGGCCGCCGGAGUGCCGUGUGGUGAUGCGGAACAUCUGGUUUGGCUUCGUGCCGUUGACUGGGCUCCUGGAUCUGGACCCACGGGUCGGCGGCACAACGGUCCACGCCUACCUGGACGGCUCGGGCUAUCCGGGCCUUGCGCGGGAGGGCGUGCUGGCGGAGAGCCACAUGGGCGGCGGAAGCGACAUCUUCGGCAGGUCCGCAUUUGGGACCCUCACAUCGUCGAAUAGGCCGGGCAUGAGGCGCGUGAAGAUGACGUCGAAGUUCCACACCACCGGGGCGUCUGACAUCGACUGGGGAGCGGCCCGGAUGGACGGGUUCAUUCGCCGGCUGAUGCCCCCGUCCGCUACCCUGGUCAUGACCUUGCUGACCUGUCUGCUGCUGAGGAUGCCGGUCACUCCGGUGGACGUCGUCCGCUGGGCCCUGAACGAGUCGCUGCCGUACCGGGACUUGCAGAUGCGCGGCAAGCCGCUGCUUCGAUCAUCUCCGUUCAAAACCUUUCCCGCGAGGUUGCUGGCUGCUAAAGGGGCCGUGCCGCCGCGGCGGCUGCUGGUGGCUGCCGUGGAGAUGGCGGGUGUGCUAGGUCUGCAGCUGCCGCCCCUCAAUGUGGAGGGGCUGCUGGCCAAGAUGACAGACGCGCUCGGCCUGCCCGGGCAUGUGUUCCUCGUGUCCCGAGAGCUCCACCGGCUCUACCUUCUGGCGUCGCCGCUGCUGCACCCCAAUGCCGUUGGAUUACGUGGAACGUACCCCUACCUGCCGCUCACGGCGCUGGUCUUCGUCGCCAUCAAGUUGUGCUAUGGACUAGACAACCGAAGCGCAGCACCGCCGCCGGCGGUGGCGUCUGACGGCGCUGACCACCUCUCCCAUCUGAAGGAUUCACGGGCUGGAGGGGCUCGCGCCGGAGGAGGAUCACCGGAGGGGGAGGCGGGGGAGGCGGGCGGCGAGGUGCCGGACGCGAGGAGGACGGGCCGGUCCGUGGGCCAUGAGGGACCAGCCGCAGGUGGACGAGCAGGAGAAGUGGCCGUGGCGAUGGCGCACGGUGAGGCGGUGGGCGAGUAUAAAGCAUUUCGAGCCGCAGCAACGGCAGGCGGAGAAGUGGAGGCAGCGGCGCAUGGCGACGCGGCGAACACGAAAGCGACGCGGAAAAGGCCGCGGAAGUCCUUGGGUCAAGGGGGUGAAGCAGCAGCGGCGGCUGUAGCAGGUGGGGGAUCGGCGGCGACGGCGGCGCAAGGCGAGGCGCCCGCCGAACCGCCUGGAGGUGCCCGAAGGCGCCCGAAGAAGCCUGGGAAGCGGCAGAAGGCGGCGGUGCCCCCCCUGGUGCUUCCGGCUGGGGGCUGGCCCGCGUGGGCAACCUUGCAGAUGGGACCACGGCCCUUCAAGACCCCCGUCACAACUGCACCGCUUAAUGCGUGGGAGGCAUCGCACCUGCCAACUGACGAGCUGCGGGCCUUUGUGGUGACGGCAGCUGAGCGCCUGAUGGCCUACUCGUAUGUUAACCGUGUCCCCAGAGUCUCUACCCGGAAACUGCAGAGGGUCCUGUACAAGAUGCAGCGGGCUUCGUUGGCUGCACAGGUGCCAGUCGGCGUCGCCGCGGCGGCAGCAGCACCAGCACCAGCGGACCCGGAGGAGGCGCCCCCGUCCCCGCCAAGGUCCACAGCUGCACCGCAGGCGGCGGCCGCGACGGCGGCCGCGAAUGUGCGUGAGGAGGAUGGCGGCCGUGGUGUUGAAGGUGGCGGCGGCGGCGAUGGCCUUGUGGGAAAUCAUCAGGAUGUUGGUACAUCUGGACGCUCAGCUGCUGUUUUCAGCUGUGCAGCGGCAUUAAACAUCGCAGAUGGUCUUCCGGUAACAAUCGCUGCGGCCGGACCGCAGGCAGCGGCCCUGGCGGGCCUACCACGCAUUGCGCCCUUUGCCGGCCCGCAGCAGCAAGCCCAACCCCAAGCCCAAGCCCAGGCCCCAACCCAGGAUCAACCACCACCGGAGACUCAGUACCAAGACCCGCAACAGCCCCAGCAACAUGAUCCGCCCUGGCCGGACCCCGCCCUGGUAUUGUCGCAGCUGCUGCCGCGCGGCGCCGGUAUUGUGGCCCCCAAAGACAGCCUGCCACCGUCGAAGCCAGGGGUGCAGGGGGCGCUAGUCCUGCCGGGCGUGCGAAUGCAUGCGGAUGCAGUGGCUGUGCUAGGGCUGCUUGCUUGGUCACAGAGUGUGUCGUUUGAUGCUCUGUUGGACUGGGUGGCAGCGCUGCUGACGGAGAUGAGCAGGAUGGAGGUCCGAACGCGACAGGUGAUGCAGCUGGUGCAGCGGGGAUUGUCAGAGGCAGAGGCGGUGCAGAGCGUGCUCGGAAAGGACGGCUUGGCGGAUGCCGUGAAAGGGGACGAAGAGGUGGGGGGUUCUUUGUAUGACGCGGAGGAGGAGGAAGAGGAGGAAGAGGAAGAGGAAGACGAAGAGGAAGAAGAAGACGGAGAGGGCAUGUGGGGUGGUUCGGAAGGGGAGAGGAGCGAGAUGCCAAGGGCGCAUGGGCAGCGGGGACGGGGACGGGGAGGCGGCAGGCGUGGAACGGAGUCGCGAGCAGAUCGGCGCGACGAUGCCCAGCGGCUGUUGUCACAGCAAGGGCGAGGGCGGGGCCGCGGCCUGGGGGAAGGCCGGCCGCGUAAGUCUGAUGCCGCGACACCCACAACAAGGCUGACACGUGGCCGCGGACGGGGACGCGGACGCAGUGGUGGCGGCGGCGGCGGCAACGGGGACAGCGGCGAAAAGUGGAGCGAGCACAGCAGCAGCGACGACGCCUGGGCGGAGCCGGCCUCGGUUAAGAGGACUCCGACUGCAGGCGCCGGCCGGCCGGGGGUUCAGCGGCGUGCCGCUGCAGCAGAAGCCGCUAGGCGCAUCUCAGCUACUGUCGGUGUCGACGUCGGCACACUACCAAGCCCGGAAGUGAAGGGCGCCUCGCUGUCCGAUGACUCCGACACAAGUGGUGGGGAUGAAAGCGGUGGCGACAUUACCAGGAACAGCGAGGACAGCGGUAAGGGUAAGGCGGGUCCGGCAGCUGAUGCAGCCAGGGACGGCACAGGCAGAGAGGAGGCGAGGCCGGGCAAGCGGUCCCGCCUGCAGGACGAGAAUAAUGACCAGGAAAUGGGGCAAGAGGAGGAGGAGGAGGAGGAUGGCGGCGAGGGCGUGAUGGGGGUCGACAUGGUAGGGCGGCCGGCAGUCGGCCAACCAAGCAGGGGCGAGGCCCAGCGGUCACGGCCUCAAGGUACAACUGCUGGCAACGCUGGCCGCAGCCCCACCAUUAUUAUUAUUUCUGACACUAGUAGCAGCAGCAGUGAAGCCAAUAGCAGCAGCGAAAGCGCUGACAGUAGUGAGGAUACUGGUGAUGAUGCUGACGACGACGACGAUGAGGGCCAGCGCCAGGCAGCGGAUGGGGCUGGUUUAGCGGCUGCCGCGGUGGGGGAGCCCGGAUCAGAAUCGAAUGGAGGUGACGAGGAAGUCGGUGACGAUGAGGAUGCGGAGGAUGAGGAGGAAAUGGACGAUAGAGGCGGCGAUGAGGAGCAGGAGGAUGGGGAGGAAGAGGAGGAAGAGGAUGGGGAAGGUGAAGCCGUGCUAUGGGCCAUUCGUGCCGCAGCAGACCGGCAACAGCGGCAGCGGCAGCAGCAAAAGCAGCAGUAG